UUUCAACGACCUUGAACGGCUUGACUAGAGGCGGUCAUUCCGUAUUUCAAUUGCCGUGGGUUGGUUGGAUUGCAUGAGUACCAAGUUUUUUCAUAUAUAAGUCAUGUUAUGCUACAUAAAAAAGCACGAAAUAAAUACCGAAACCAUUAAUUUUGCGUUCUCUGUUUUGUAGUGUACACGUUGGCUCUGUUGUUGCUUUGUAAUUUGAUCUUUGAUCCCAACAACUGUAGUAAAGCUCAACGAAAUGUCAAGUCACAGUGCUUCAUGCUCAAGUGACAUUUCAGUCGACCUAACCGAUGCCUUUCGAAGCAUGAUACUGAACAAGCGUUUCGUCUUGUGGGAUGAUUUUGAAAGCGCCUUAAAAGAGUUCCAAAAAGUAUGGAAUUAUAAUUUUAUCGCUUCUCAGACUACUUAUACUCGUUACAUCCACACAGAAAGCAGAUUGCUGAAGGAUGUCAGGUUCAAAAACCUGUUUGUAUCGUUUAAUUGUACGUUUGGUCAUAAGAGGAAAUCGGAAGGUUUGGAAGUGAGGCAAAAAUCGUCUAAAUUCCGUAAUUGUCGAUCUAAAUUUCGUGUAAGACUAGAGGAGCAAGGAUAUGUCAUCAAAUCCUACAACAUGCUCCACAAUCAUCCAUGUAGUAGUUCAUGGAUGGUAUGUGAU